AAAGCUGUAAAGUCCUUACAUUCAAGGCAAAUAAAAAGUAAUUUGUUUCAUUCCUUUGGUACUUUCUCAUCUAUUGUGAUUAAUAUACAAUUUUAUUUUUUGCCACCUAUAAAAUUCUCUUAAUUAUUAUCGUAAUCACCUUAGACACCUCGACAUCUAUUGAUAAACACUCAACAACCGUUUCUUUCUAACCCUCGUAGAUUGAAUUCACACAUUAUAUACCCUCUUGUAUUUUCUUUUCUCGGUAAAAUUAGUUAAUCCGAUAUAUUUAAUACCUAAAAUGCAGGGAGCAGCGGCUGCACAAGGUGAUGGUAUUCCUACUUUCAAAUGUAUUCUGGUAGGUGAUGGUGGUACCGGGAAGACCACCUUUGUUAAAAGACAUCUUACUGGUGAAUUUGAGAAAAAAUAUGUCGCAACUCUUGGUGUUGAGGUUCACCCUCUUACCUUCGACACAAACCGAGGUAGAAUAAGAUUUAAUGUCUGGGAUACUGCUGGUCAAGAAAAAUUCGGUGGUCUCAGGGAUGGUUAUUAUAUUCAAGGUGAUUGCGCCAUUUUAAUGUUCGAUGUAACCUCGCGUAUAACAUACAAGAAUAUCCCCAACUGGUAUCGAGAUUUAACCAGAGUAUGCGAAAAUAUUCCUAUGGUACUUUGUGGUAACAAAGUUGAUAUUAAAGAUAGAAAGGUCAAAGCUAAAUCAAUCACUUUCCACCGAAAAAAGAAUUUACAGUACUACGAUAUUAGUGCUAAAUCUAAUUAUAAUUUUGAGAAACCAUUCCUUUGGUUGGCCCGAAAAUUGAUCGGAGAUCCUAAUCUUGAAUUCGUUGCCAUGCCGGCUCUUGCUCCUCCUGAGGUUACCAUGGAUCCUGAAUGGCAAGCCAAACUUGAGAACGAGAUGGAAGAAGCCAAGAAAAUCAGUUUGCCCGAUGACGAUGACGAGGAUCUUUAAGAAACUAAUAAAUUUUAAAGCGAAAUUAGCAUUGAUGUUCACUAUUGGAGUUGUUAAUGCAGAUUUAACAGUACUCGGCAAAUACGGAAUUAUUUUUAAGCUGCAGUUUUCUCUCUAAACUCGUCUUUUUCUUGUGUCUCUUAAUUACUACACUUCGAGAGGUGGUUCAACCCAAAUCACGAGCAAUUUUUUAGGGACGAUAUCUAAAUUCUUGAAGUAAAAACCUAACAUCAGUCAAUUGAAUCCAUUUUCGUGUCUAAUCUGUUUUCUCCGCUCCAAGCUUCAAUAUCACAUCAACUUUUUUGAAUAAGAUUCUCAUAAACCUACAAAAAAACAAAAAGGCCGUUAUCGUAGUCUCAACAACAAGCUAAAAUCACUAUAAUCAUCAUGUUUCAAUUGAUACAAUGUAAAAUCCUUUUUUCACUUCCCUUAAACCCAAUCUAAUAAACAGUUCCAUCUGUUUGAUUGUCA